AUGGCAAGGUUUACGAAGCAGAUAUCAGCCAUGGAGCUUAGAGACACACAGAAAAACAGAGUUCGAUACUCUUCAAAGCACAUUAAACACUUGCCACCUUCCACCAUUACUGAGUUUGAUUUGAAGGAUUAUUCUCCCUUGGGUUUCAGACUUAUACAAGAACUUGAAGAUAUUGAUCAUGAUGAUUACAUGCAUUCCAUUUGUAAUGAUGAGACUCUAAACAACCUAUCUUCUGGGAAAAUAGGCAAUGUGUUUCUUGUAUCCAAUGAUGACCGUUUCCUCAUCAAGAUUAUUCGAAAAUCUGAGAUUAAGGUGAUACUAGAGACGCUUCCAAGCUACUACCGACAUAUUAAUAAUCACAGAUCAUCACUAUUCUCAAGGAUCUAUGGUGCUCAUGUUGUCAAGCCUGUUGGUGGUGUUAAGACAUAUUUUGCUGUCAUGUCAAACAUGUUGCAUUCUAAGGUUUUUAUGAACAAGCUCUAUGAUCUAAAAGGUUCUCCCAAAGGUCGAACUAACAAGAAAAUUGAAUUGAGAAACAAUACUGUAUUCAAGGAUAUAGAUCUUGACUUAUGUUUCUACGUUGAUCCAUUGGUUAGAAAACGCAUCAUCAGGCAAACAAAACUAGAUUGUGAGCUUUUGGAAGAACAGGGUAUAAUGGAUUACAGCUUAUUGGUUGGUUUACAAGUAAAAGACUCAUCAUCUCAAGGUGUGACAUAUCUACAAUGUUUCCUAUAUGUCUCUAUUUUCAUCAGUGCAAGCUCAUUAGAAAGUGAUAGCGUAAAUUCGGUGAAAACAGCUUUAAAUUCUCCAGAUAGCUCGUUUGCAACAAUGUACUCUUGCCCUCCCAGCAGAGAUUCGGUGGGAAGUGAAAACUUAAUGACAAACAAUAGCACAAGCUCAGAAACUAAUCUGAUAAAAAGACAAAGCAAAUUAGCAACACUCAGUAACCUCAUUAUCAACAGCAGCAGCAGCUCGAGUACUAACUUUGGGAUGAAGAUUCCAGCGAGAGCACGGCGAGUGAAGAGAGCGGCGGGAAAAGAGGAGGAAUGGUAUGAUGUGGUUUUGUAUUUAGGGAUCGUAGACACAUUUCAAGACUAUGGUAUGAGGAAACGCAUUGAACAUUGCUACAAAACCAUCCAACAUAACUCAAACUCAAUCUCGACCGUCCAUCCUAAAAUCUACUCUUCUCGAUUUCAAGAAUUUAUCUCCAACAUCUUCUUACCUCGCGAGGACAACGAUCUCUCUCUCUGA